UAUCUUAGACUCAUCUCUAUAAAUGCCGUUGCCAACUCUGUUAUCUUUCUUCAAAACUCACAGUGUAUCCUAUAUAUCUUUCUCUUUCUUUCUCUCUCUCUCUAAAAAAAGAAAAAUGGAAAAAAGAGUAUGCAACUCUCAAGAUGCUGAAGUGAGAAAAGGGCCAUGGACGAUGGAAGAAGACUUGAUUCUCAUCAACUACAUAGCAAAUCAUGGCGAAGGUGUAUGGAAUACCAUUGCUAAAUCUGCUGGUCUGAAACGUACCGGAAAAAGCUGUCGGCUCCGGUGGCUCAACUACCUCCGACCUGACGUCAGGAGAGGAAAUAUUACACCAGAAGAACAGCUAUUGAUCAUGGAGCUGCACGCCAAGUGGGGAAACAGGUGGUCGAAAAUUGCAAAGCAUCUGCCGGGAAGAACCGAUAAUGAGAUAAAGAAUUACUGGAGGACUAGAAUUCAAAAACAUAUUAAGCAAGCAGAGAAUUCAAGUGGACGGAGUAGUGAGAAUAUGGAUCAAGCAAGCACAAGCACAAGCCAAAUUUGUAGUACUGUUAAUGCAAAUAUUGCUACCGAAACCUACACUCCAACACUGUAUCCAGGAAAUGUCACCGGAGGUUCUUUGCCGCCUCAACCCAACGACAACGCUUGCAGCACUGAUCAAUCUAACAACUUUUGGAGCAUGGAAGAUUUCUGGUCUAUGCAGUUACUUAAUGACGAUUAAUUAAAUACUGCUUUCUAGACUUGUAUAUAUUUCAAAUUUUAGCCAAUUCCUAUAUAUAUUUAUGCAGUUACUACUGUACUAAUAUAUAUAUUAUAGAAAAUAAUAAUAAUAAUAAAAUUAUGGUUGUAAUAUAUAUAAUGAAGAUUCCUACCAUCUACAUUUUGCUUAUAUGGUAAAGGUGGAUAUAUUUGCUUAUUAUUAAUGCAUGUAUUUUUAAUAUAAAUAUUUAAGUGGAUGGUUCUAUUAUGUAGAAUUUAUAUAAUGUGGAUAUAUAUUUGUGAAUUUU